CUCGAUACGUGAUUCUGCAAAAAUGGCAGACUUCGGCGCCUAUCCGCCAAACAUGGCGCCGCAGGACGCCCUCAUCGUCCGCGAACAAGCCGCCCCCGAACACGCCGUCGUACAAUAUACAGGCGAAGACCUCGCGCGGCCCAAGGCCGGACCCGUGAACCCCUUCCGCGACGACUCCAACACAACAUCCUUGCAGCAGGAUGGCUCGUCAUCCCUCAAGCGCAAGAACGUCCUCACCGGCUUCGCGACCGAGACAUACCUGAGCGAGCAUACCUUCCGCGCAAAACACCGGGCCGUGGAGCGCGGGGGCGGGCCGCAGAGGGAGGCGAUGAGCGGUAAGGAGCUCAAAGACGAGGCGGCUGCGAACAGGCGGCGGAGGGAAGGAAAAGGGAGCGCGCUCGUUGCGGACGGCGACGGGGCGUACCAGGGACCUUGGGCCAAGUAUAAGCGGGCGGAGUAUGAGGAGGUGGAUGACGAGGCGGAGCUGGGGAGCGAUGAGGAGUACGAGGUGGUAUACGAGGACGAGGAGGGGGACGACAUCGUGGAGAGCGGCACGGUGCUGUCUGCGCCGGCAGGGGCUCUGGCAAGACGGAAAGAGGUCGAAGAGAUGGGCGACGAGACGACGACGUUCCACGGGGAGAACGAGUUCGAUUACCAGGGGAGGACGUAUAUGCAUGUCCCACAGGAUCUGGACAUCGACCUUCGGAAGGAAGUGGGCAGCGUCACGAAUUACAUACCGAAGAAGAUGGUGCACACGUGGAAACAUCACACGAAGGCUGUCACGUCGCUGCGAUUCUUCCCCUACAGUGGGCAUUUACUGCUAUCUGGCUCGGCGGACACGACCAUCAAGAUCUGGGACGUCUACCACCAGAGGGAACUCCUGCGGACAUACUCGGGCCAUUCCAAGUCGAUAGCAGACCUCGCCUUCAACCACGACGGCACGCGCUUCCUGUCGGCAUCGUAUGACCGACAGAUGAAGCUGUGGGAUACCGAGACGGGCAAAUGCAUCAGCAAGUUCAGCACGGGCAGCACGCCGCACUGCAUCGUGUUCAAUCCGACACCAGAGCAUGGUCAUGAGUUCCUGGCGGGCAUGCACGACAAGAAGAUUGUCCAGUUUGACACGCGCGGGGGCAACGAGACGGUGCAGGAGUACGACCACCAUCUGGCAGCCAUCAACACCAUCACGUUCACAAAGGCUGGCGACCGGUUCAUGACGACAAGUGACGACAAAUCGCUGCGCGCGUGGGACUACAACAUCCCUGUGCCUAUCAAGUACAUCGCCGAGACGUACAUGUUCCCGAUGACGCGCAGCGCAAUGCACCCCUCGGGUAAAUCUGUCGCGUACCAGAGCAGCGACAACCAGAUCGUGGUGUACAACGCGAACGACAAAUUCCGCCAGAACAGGAAGAAGAGUUAUCGUGGGCACAACAAUGCCGGCACGGCGAUUGACAUCGAUAUCAGCCCCGACGGGCAGUUUCUCGCCAGUGGCGACACGGCCGGGUACCUGGUGUUCUGGGAUUGGAAAACAUGCAAGAUGUACCAUAAGAUUGAUACCAAGGACCCCGUCACGUGCGUCAAGUGGCACCCGCAGGAGACGUCUAAGGUGGUAUCGGCUGGGUCGGACGGUGUUAUUCGGUAUUGGGAUUAAGGGUAGCGAAAGGGGCUUGAAGCCUAAAUUUCAAAAUGGAUUCUAGGGUGUUUUAACCGCAUG